GAUUAGGAUGAAUGUAGCCCGGGAACUUAACUUCCUCCACCGUUACUAUUUCCAACUCAAAUAUCCUUCAUCAUCCCCCAAAACUUCUCUUCCAAAAACCCAGAUUUUAGCAACGAUGAACACCCAUCAAAAAUUAGAGCGCCGAGAAUUGGGAAACACUGGCCUUAACCUCAGUUGUGUGGGUUUCGGCGCCUCUCCUCUUGGCAACGUUUUCGGUGAUGUUUCUGAGGAACAAUCCAUUGCCACUGUUAUUGAAGCUUUUAAUCAGGGUAUCAACUUCUUUGACACUUCUCCGUACUAUGGUGCCACAUUGUCGGAGAAAGUGCUUGGGAAGUGUUUGAAAGCACUUGGUGCAUCUAGAGAUGAAUACAUUGUUGCAACGAAAUGCGGCCGUUAUGCCGAAGGCUUUGAUUUUAGUGCUGAAAGAGUGACUAAGAGCAUUGAUGAAAGCCUAGAAAGGUUGCAACUUGAGUAUGUUGAUAUACUACAAUGUCAUGAUAUUGAAUUUGGUUCUCUUGAUCAGAUUGUCAAUGAGACUAUUCCCGCCCUGCAGAAAAUUAAGGAAUCAGGGAAGACUAGAUUCAUUGGUAUAACUGGACUUCCAUUGGAAGUGUACACGUAUGUUCUUGACCGUGUUCCCCCUGGGACAAUUGAUGUUGUUCUGUCAUAUUGCCACUAUUGUAUCAAUGACUCAACCUUGGAAGACAUGCUACCGUAUUUCAAGAGCAAAGGCGUUGGUGUGAUCAAUGCUUCUCCACUUUCAAUGGGGCUUCAUACAGAAAAUGGCCCCCCAGAGUGGCAUCCAGCUUCAUCUGAGAUUAAGGCUGCAUGCAAAGCUGCUGCAGAUUACUGUAAGAAGAAUGGGAAGAAUAUCUCAAAAUUAGCUCUGCAGUACAGCUUGUCAAACAAAGACAUUUCCACUACUCUUGUUGGCAUGAACUCUGUUAAGCAGGUGGAGGAAAAUGUUGGUGCCGCUUUAGAACUUGAAACUGCAGGAAAGGAUGAGAAAACAUUUGCAGAAAUUGAGAACAUCCUAAAGCCUAUAAAGAAUCAAAGUUGGCCUAGUGGUAUACAACAAACCUGAGACGUUUUGCAGGUACUAGAUGUGUUCUUUUUUACCGCCAUCCAAAACGAAGGCAAUGUGUAAAUCUAUAGACUAUAGUGAAAAUAUUUCAUGUAAAAGUUCAUGUUUGAACUGGAGACAACUGUUGUGGCUUUCUGAGCUCAUAUGUAUGUAACUACAUACCCAAGCAAUUUCAAGAGGCUGUUUGGAUUCUUUGA